AUGAAUAUAGAUAGUGAUACCAACUCAUCAUCAUCAUCGUCACCUCAACAACCGAAUUAUAAUGAGGAGAGUGAACAACCUACUUAUGACAAUGAGCAAGACUCAUAUGAUGACGAUGAUGACGACGACUCUGAUGAUGAUGAUUGUGGUGCCAAUCACGAACAAUAUCAAUCAGAGAGACUGUUGAUAUACGCUGACAAGUUCAUACGAAACGAAUUGUUAACAAUCAUGGAGUAUAUCAAGAACCGUGACAAGGACCAGCCUGCCGAGGAAGUGGUCGUCCACGAGAUCUACUUGUAA